CCCGCCUAAUCUGGGCCAACCUUGACCCACCAAACUUCCUGCACCUCCUGUUUGUCCGCCCCCAGCGCCGUGACGCCGCCGAAACCCCUUCGCCGGCGUCCCGGAAAGCGGCCUCUGCUCCUCCCCCUGCCGAAGCACGGCCACUCUACCGCGCCGGUGUCCUCGUCGUCUCUACCCUCCAUCGGACUCGCGUGGGGUUAAGACGCAUCCAGGCGCCCAUGCAGUCCGCCGCCGCUCCGACGAGGGCAGGGAGCCGCCUCUGCACGCGCUGCGGCGAGCGGAAGGCCGCGCUCAAGCGGCCCAAAACCCUAGAACAGAUAUGUAGGGAAUGCUUCUAUAUUGUCUUCGAGGACGAGAUUCAUCAAACUAUUGUUGACAAUAAUUUGUUUAAAGCCGGUGAACGUGUGGCAAUUGGAGCUUCUGGUGGAAAAGAUUCAACCGUGCUUGCGUAUGUGUUAUCAGAGUUAAACAAACGUCAUAAAUAUGGUCUCGAUUUGUUCCUUUUAUCUAUUGACGAAGGAAUCACAGGCUAUAGAGACGACUCCCUAGAAACUGUUAAAAGGAAUGAACUACAGUAUGGCCUACCACUGAAAAUAGUUUCCUAUAAGGAUCUCUAUGACUGGACAAUGGAUGAUAUUGUGAAAGCAAUUGGCCUGAAAAACAAUUGUACUUUCUGUGGUGUUUUUCGACGUCAGGCGCUAGACCGUGGUGCUGCUCUCUUGAAGGUUGAUAAGAUUGUAACUGGGCAUAAUGCAGAUGACAUUGCAGAGACUGUCUUGCUGAAUAUUUUACGUGGUGAUAUUGCAAGGUUAAGUCGAUGCACUUUCAUAACUACUGGUGAAGAUGGACCAAUCCCAAGAUGCAAGCCUUUCAAAUACACCUACGAAAAAGAGAUUGUUAUGUAUGCGUAUUUCAAAAAGCUGGACUACUUCUCCACUGAAUGCAUCUAUUCACCAAAUGCAUAUCGUGGAUUUGCUCGUGAAUUUAUUAAAGAUCUGGAAAGGAUGAGGCCUAGGGCUAUACUGGACAUCAUAACCUCUGGCGAAAAUUUCCGGAUAUCCACAACAACAAGAAUGCCAGAGCAAGGAACAUGUGAACGCUGCGGUUACAUUUCUAGCCAGGUAUUGUGCUUACAUCUAAUCAUUGCACACCCUGAUACACCGCCGAAGGCAUUCAUAUAG